UUGCCUCCGGCCAGAAGCUCUUUUCACCUCAGGGGCUGUUUAAAGCUGUGGGUUUACCUCGGUGCUGGAUUUGCCUGGGGACCCGGGAGGUCUUUAAAAUGCACCUCACCCACCCAUUCCCUGACUGGCUGCCAGAGGCAGAUGACAUCCAGGGACCCUGACCGUCAUGUUAAGGUAAAGCAGAGGGGCUCAGUGCUGAACAUGCUAAGGAGGCUGGACAAAAUCAGGUUCAGAGGUCACAAGAGAGAUGACUUCCUCGAUCUAGCAGAGUCUCCAAAUGCCUCGGACACCGAAUGCGGAGAUGAAGUGCCCCUGAAGAUACCUCGGACCUCGGCCCGGGACAGCGAGGAGCUGAGGGACCCGGCUGGCUCGGGGACCCUCAUCAUGGCUGCAGGAGUCCAGGACUUUAACCGGACAGAGUUUGAUCGAUUAAAUGAGAUCAAAGGUCACCUGGAAAUCGCCUUAUUGGAGAAACACUUCUUACAGGAGGAGCUCCGGAAGCUGAGAGAAGAAACCAACUCAGAGAUGCUUCGGCAGGAGCUGGACCGGGAGCGGCAGCGGCGGAUAGAGCUGGAGCAGAAGGUCCAGGAAGUGCUGAAGGCCAGAACCGAGGAGCAGACGGCUCAGCAGCCUCCGAAGGGACAGGCCCAGGUCAAUAAUGGAGCAGACCGGCGGAGCCAGGGGCUGUGCCCCCGCGUCCAGAAGUGGUUCUAUGAGAAGUUUGGGGAGUACGUGGAGGAUUUCCGGUUCCAGCCCGAGGAGUGCACCGUGGAGACGGAGGAGCCCCUCAGUGCCCGGAGGUUGACGGAAAACAUGAGACGACUAAAGCGCGGCGCCAAGCCCGUCACCAGCUUCGUGAAGAACCUCUCUGCCUUAUCCGACUGGUACUCCGUCUACACGUCCGCCAUCGCCUUCACCGUGUACAUGAAUGCUGUGUGGCAUGGCUGGGCCAUCCCCAUGUUCUUAUUUCUAGCAAUUUUGAGGUUAUCCCUCAAUUACCUCAUAGCCAGGGGCUGGAGGAUACAGUGGAGCAUUGUACCUGAAGUGUCUGAACCGGUGGAGCCUCCAAAGGAAGACCUGACUGUGUCUGAGAAGUUCCAGCUCGUGCUGGAUGUCGCCCAGAAAGCCCAGAACCUCUUUGGCAAGAUGGCCGACAUCCUGGAGAAGAUCAAGAACCUGUUCAUGUGGGUCCAACCUGAGAUCACGCAGAAGCUGUACGUCGCGCUGUGGGCCGCCUUCCUUGCCUCCUGCUUCUUCCCCUACCGCCUGGUGGGACUGGCCGUGGGACUCUACGCCGGGAUCAAGUUUUUCCUCAUCGACUUUAUCUUCAAACGCUGCCCGAGACUGCGAGCCAAAUACGACACCCCCUAUAUCAUCUGGAGGAGCCUGCCCACGGACCCCCAGCUCAAAGAGCGCUCCGGUGCCGCUGUGUCCCGCCGGCUGCAGACGGCCUCCUCGCGGAGCUACGUCUCCAGCGCGCCCGCAGGCCUCAACAAGGAUGAAGACACGGGUCGCUUUCACGGUACCAAGAAAGGCAAUUUCCACGAAAUCUUCAACUUGACGGAAAACGAGCGACCACUCGCGGUGUGCGAGAACGGCUGGCGCUGCUGCCUGAUAAACCGGGACCGGAAGAUGCCCACCGACUACAUUCGCAACGGGGUUCUGUACGUGACGGAGAAUUACCUGUGCUUUGAAAGCUCCAAAUCUGGCUCUUCCAAGAGAAACAAGGUCAUCAAAUUGGUGGACAUUACAGACAUCCAGAAGUACAAGGUUCUCUCUGUCCUCCCGGGCUCAGGCAUGGGGAUCGCUGUGUCAACGCCGUCAACCCAGAAACCGCUGGUGUUCGGUGCCAUGGUGCAUAGAGACGAGGCCUUCGAGACCAUUUUCAGCCAGUACCUGAAAAUCACGGCGGCCGCAGCGUCUGGCAGUGACAGCUAGUGUUGCUUCUCCCGCGACGAAGCCGGAAGGGUUUUGUUCUGUUUUUUUGGUUUUUCUGGUUUUUUUGUUUUUUUUUUUAACAAUUUGAUAGUGGAAAAACAAUCGGACAUUCUCCUGAUCUUUUGCAAUAAUUCCCCUCAAUCUGUGGUUUUUAUUGUGUUCACCCUGCGUCUCACGGACCCCUUCAUGCAGGGGUGGGGCCCUGAGAUGGUGCCCGCCCAUCUGACGGGUGAGGCGCGUCUCACGAACACGUGGACACGGAGGGCAGGGGAUCCUCGGAGGCCAGUGGAAAGGAGGACACACAGGACACGCCUGCCCCCACCGCCAAGUACAGCUGCCGUGUCUCCGUCCCCGCUGGGCAGAGGCCCCGCGCCAGCCGUGCAGCCAGCCCUCCAGAGGCCGAAGCUCUUCCACCCAAAAGCCAUAGCUGAGGAGCACCCUCUUCCCGGGUGUGAAGGAUGUCGGUGAUGAGCAACUCAGAGGCCCCUUCACCGACCACCCUGAACGGGCCAGGGGGUCUCGCUCCUUCCUCUGGCGAGGCCUCCCGUGGCAUGUUGUCAGAGUGGGGCCCGGGACGGGGGCGUGGCUCGAUCUGGCUUACGCUCUGUGCUGACCAUCCGCGGGGGCCAGGAGGCUGGCGAGGCUGGGCCCCACCCGCCACCAAGGCCACUGGCCAUCUGGGCCUAACAAGCCACCGGGAGGCCGGGAAUCGGCGACCCACGUGGACUUGGAGUGGCACGCAGGUGGAAGCACGUCUUUCUCACAUCUGCUCUUUGGAAAGCGCCGGGGAACAUCUCCCAGGGCUUUCGGGGGCACUGUGAGCCUGGAUUGUUCUCAGAUGAAAGGCCACCGCAGCACGGCUGGCGGCAGCUGCCUGGGUUGGUGAGGGAGGGGCUCUGGGGCCCUGGGGUGGGAGCGGCCCGGACACACGGUGGGCCAGCUGUGCAGCCGGUCUGCCCGUGGGAGCUGCGAGGAGUCACCGUGAGCGGAGCCCAGAGGCCUGGGGCCGGACGGUCUGCACCCCUGACGCCUGAUGGCGUCCUGGCGGGCACCCCCUAGCCAGCACACACCGGGGUGGGAGCCAACCGCUCCCUCCCUGCGCCCAGCCCAGGACGCUGGCGCGUUCAUGGCUGAGGCUGAGGGGCCAUCUGCAGGCAGGGUUCACCUGGGGACAGGCCUGUGACCUGUGUGAAGGACAGGCUGAGAUUGUGGCGGUCGGCAUGACUGCCUUCCUGGUCAGCACACUUCCAACUCGAUUCAAUUCCUCGGCUUGUCCUGAGUCCUUUGGGUGUCACUGAGAUUGUUGUUUUUUGAAGAAACAGAAGAUUAUAUUUUUUACAGAGAGCAAGCUGUUUUUCUUAUUUUUGUAUCAUUUUUCAGAUGUAAUUUUUACCUUUGCUCCAAUCCUAAUUUGCUGGUUUGGGUGAGGUCUGGUGGCAUUGCUCACAUCCCCCUUCACGGAGGACCGUGGGGCCACGCACCGGGGCCCGGGCCGCGCUCCCGGGGAGCCGCACCGACCAGCCUGAUGAAGCACACACCCCGCCCAAUCGGUGAGACCUGAGGGCACCCGCGGCACCCACCGCCCUGGUCCGGCUGGCAUGGUGUUCGUGAGAUGCCGCAGGCCGGCCUCCGUCAGACCGGAGGCGGAACCCACUCUAAGUCUUGGCGUUUGGCUCCCACCGUGGGCACAGGUGGACCGGCUCUCGUGGGCCCCGCGGAGGCUUCAGGCACCCCGGGGACCCACCCUGGGGACCCUCCCCAGUGUCUGAGGCGAGGCGGGCUGGGCCUGAGCGCCCCCCAGAGACGGGCUUCAGGGUGACGCCCGUGGGUGCCACUCACACCCCUCCCCGGGGCUGCCAAGGGGUUGGCAUGGUGGGGCUCGCCCUCAUCAGCAGAGCGGGUGGUUUGGUUCGAGUCCCUUCUGAGGAGAAAGGGAGAUGAAAACUGACCACAUGCGUAGCGUGGCCGUGGGGCACUGGGUGGAUGUGCGCCAGCGGCCGGGCCCUUAGGAAGCCCACUCUCGGCCGGGGUGAGCACAGCCCGCACGGGGUCCCGGCUGCCCGGAGAGCGCACCCGUAGUUUCUAUCAAGUUGUGUAAAUCUGGGCAGGUAUUUACUUUCUAUGACUAAUCACUGAACUAGAAUGAAUGUUACAUUUUUUAUGUCCGAAGCUUGAGUCUAUUUUGGGUCUGUAAAUAAUCGUUACUGCUGUCACUUUUGUUCAACAAAAGGAUUGUACUGUAUGAAGAAUCAAUGAAAAACCCCCUGUAACAUUUUUUUAAGAAAACUUUGUUUGUUUAAAGAAGUCUUGUAUAAAUUAUAAUUUUUAUUUAAAUAAA